AUGGACAAAGGCCUGAGUCGUUCAUUCUUGGACCGGCAUAGGUCGUCGAUGCUGGUGCUGGCAUCCCAACUUUCUGCAGCGGCACUAAACGGGUUUGCCAAGUUCUUUGAGACGGGCGAAGAUCCUGUCCAUCCGUUCCAGGUUCUCUUCGUCCGGUUCCUCAUCACGGGCACUGCAUGCACCUUUUAUCUCUGGUUGACAAAAGCACCCACAUUUCCAUGGGGCCCGCCAGAAUUGAGAUGGCUGCUGGCUUUGAGAGCUGCAGCCGGUGUUUUCGGAGCCUUUGGUUUCUACUUUUCCAUAAUGUACCUUAAGCUCAGUGAGGCAACGGCGUUGAACUUCCUGGGACCGCUCACUGCCAUGAUAUUCAUUCGGUAUCUGGAUUACGGCACUUUCGAAGUGAUUGACCGCAUCGGGGCUUUUGUGGCGCUCUUUGGUGUGAUACUCGUCGUCCAACCAGACGCACUCUUUGGUUCUAAGCCAGCACUCGCCAACGCUGCCCAGUCCAUAGCUGAUGGCAGCACCAAGGGUAGGAUGAUGGGAUUCGGGUUUGGCUUGAUAAGCGUUUGUGGCGGAGCCGUCGCGCUUACCGCGAUUCGCUCUAUUGGCACACGUACGCACCCUUUGAUGAGCAUCAUGUACUUUGCUUGGACGAUCGUCACGAUAUCAACUGUGGCAUUUCUUCUGAUGGACAGCGUUCACCUCACAACAACGGUUUUGUCGUGGGUCAAGUUGGUGCCCCUGGGCAUUUUCGGGUUUACAAUGGAGUAUCUUCUUACGCAAGGCAUAGCAAACGACGCCUCGUCUGCUGCUACGAUCAUGAUUUACUCUCAGGUCGGAUGGGCAUUGUUACUGGACUGGAUUGUUUGGCAUUCUCACAUCAAUUUCUUGGCAUUGGUAGGGAUAGGUAGCGUUGUCACGAGUCUCAUCGUUGUCUCUUCCGCAAAGGAGUGGAACUGGCUACGAAAAGGUCGAUAUGAAGUACUGGAGCAAAGUUCACUUGAUGAAAGAGAGCUUGACGAAGAAGAAUUCGUAGAGAUGAGACCAAUUAGCUCGGUAGCAUAA